UGUCCUCACAGCCUGUGCUGCUCACCGGGUCCACGUGUACGCAGAGAUGUAAACAAGGUGACACAAUGUCUACUUUACCCUGGAGUCAACUCACCAGACAUGGUGUGGACCAGAAUAUCUUUCCUGCUCCCAACAAAGUAACAACUACCAUUUUACAUCAAAUCAAUGAACGUAGAAGAAGGAAAAAGAGAAAAAUUAAAGACUGCACCAUGGAAUCUCAUCAAAUAUCAUGUGACCAGAGAAGAGGAACCAAGAGAAAGUCAAACAAGCUUUUGGAAAACAGGACAGAAUUUAUUAAACCUAGUUAUGAGUUAUUGGAACAGACAAAUCAUGUGCAAAUCAAAAGGCCUAAAAUAACCCCACAGGCAGGGAUGAGUGAAGUGGAGUCAGCAUUAUUGGUCAGUGACAGCUGGGAGGUGGACAGUGGCUUUUCAUCUGAGACUAGUCCUCCUACUAGUGGCAGGAGUUCGCCAUGUGUGGGAAUCGACCAUUCAAAGCUAGUAGCUCUGGACUGUGAAAUGGUUGGCACUGGACCUGGCGGCCACUGUAGUGAAGUUGCACGCUGCAGCAUUGUAAAUUAUUACGGUAGUGUUAUUUAUGAUAAAUAUAUUUUACCUCAACAGCCGGUCACAGACUACCGCACAAGAUGGAGUGGCAUAAGGAAACAUCAUUUAGCACAAGCAGUGCCCUUUGAGGAUGCUCAGAAAGAGAUUAUUAACCUACUCAAAGGGAAGGUUAUUAUUGGUCAUGCCUUAUAUAAUGACUUCUUCGUUCUGGACAUCUUUGUCCCUGUACACAUGGUUAGGGAUACCUGCACCUGUAGUUGGCUUCGGGAGUUGUAUGUUGCUUCUGAUAGAUCCAACAUCUCUUUGAAGAAACUAGCUCGGAAACUUCUCAAUAGGACCAUACAGGUUGGCAGGUUGGGUCACUGCUCUGUAGAAGAUGCUCGUGCUGCCCUGGACCUGUACAAACUGGUAGAGGACCAGUGGGAAAAGGACUUCCUCCCCCAAAAUUCAAACACUGAUCAUAUCUCAGACUCCAACAACUCCCUGGAGCACUACAUGCAGGACCAGUAUUGGCCAGAAAGUAUGAUGGAUUGCGGUCCGUAAGACCAAGAGCCGGUAUUAUGGUGCCAUUUACCCUCAAAGCUAGUAAAAAAAAAAAAAAUGUGUGUUGUUUUGUUCUGUUUUAUAUAUUAUUUAAAUGGCAGACUUGACACUUAACAUAUUAAGGCCAAAUUACUUUGGACUUGCUCUGAAAAAACAGGGAGAAUUCUGAACUGAAAUGUUACACACGAAAUGCGUAUUUAUCACUUCUGUGAUGGUGGUCAUCACACAAAUUCAAAACUUUACUUUAGAUGUUCAUUUAAGGGAUUUUAAAAUUAACCGUUAACUAAUAAUCAAGUUUAAGAAUGAUUGUCUUAUUGGCUUCAAGUUUAAUAUACACAGACUGUAUUUUAGGAAGCUCCAUUGAGUUUUCUUUUGUAUGAUCAAUAUAACCAAGGGUUAAUGUUAAUGUGACACAUUUUGCAUCUUUUUGGCAAUUUGUAGAUAAUAGUACUACCAUAUAUAAUCACUCCCAUUGUUGUACUGAAUGUCUUCAUCCAAGAAAGAUGGUGUUUCAUGUUUAAAGUUUGGUUAUUUUGUCUAAAUAAAU